AGUCCAUCGCCAGCCCUGAGCACGUGAUAAUCGAGACGCGUCGUCGCCCGCCGCUCAAGUGCGAUCUCCGCUCGUCGCGCGUGCUUUCUUUCGUGUGCUAAUCAACGCUCCAAACUGCUACUUGUGUAUAAAACUUCAUUCGUUAUUGUUUCCAUCAACUCCUUCCAAGUGCUUGCUAUGUAAUUUCAUAAAUAUGAACGUUUUAACCUGCUACUGUAUGUAACGUAAUAGGUAUGCGAGCAACCAAUAGUUGUUUCGGUGGUGGGAGGUCUGGUGAAGUUGGUGAUGAGUGUAAGUUGAGAAAAUAUUUCAUUGGUGAGUUGGGGAAGUAGACUGCUAUAAUGGUGUCGGUUAUGGGAGGUAUGAAAGAAGAAGUGGCAAUGAUGAAUACAGCACAAUACAUCAAAGGGGCUUCAAACGUUGAUAAGACUGAACCUCUUCAUCGAGGAUUCAUGUACUUUGAGAGAAACAGAAACUGAAGAUAAAAAAAUAUUAUUGGUUCCUGAUAGAAUUUCUUCAAGAAAUUGAUAGUAGAAGAUGAGUAUGUUUCUCUCACUAAGUCAAAGAGGUUACUAUUAUUCAAUUAGUUUAUCAUCGCAAAAACGCUGUUCUACAAAUUUCAAGUGACAUAACAGAGACAUUGUAAGAGAAUGAGAAUGAUGUAAGAAUGAGGUAAAUUUGUACCACAUCUCAAUUCAGCAUAUUCAAUAACACAUCGCCAUUAAUCAAGCUUAUAUCAAAAUUCUCGAGUAAGCAUCGCUCUGAAAGCUGUGGUCGUGUAUUGAACAAGUUAUGGACAGCAACAUGUUAGCUUCACUCAAGAGCUGGACAUAUUUGUGGCACAGUAUGAAGCUAGUAGCGCUAUUCAAACUACCAUCCACUGACAGGUAGUGAGCAUUUGAAGAUGACACUGUAUACGAACAAUCCGAAUAAUUUGCCUUUCUCCUAUACCAGUCCACCCGAGCGAAACCCCUACAAACCCACAAGAGGCGUUGAGCCCGAAUACUUCGCCAAUGAGUAUGAGUACGAUUCGACUUUAUCUCGACGCCACAUGCUACAAGACACGGAGCAAUGGGAACGUCCGUCCAAGCCUGCAAUUGCAAAUAAUCACAGUCAUCACCAUCACGAUCAUCAAGGCACUGGUCACCAUCACGAUCAUCAAGGCACUGGGGGAUCGGAUGGCGCCUGCUGCAGUUGCUUCCCGGAGGACGUCAAUCAUCGCAGUAGUGCCAACUGUCGACCGCCCGAGUACUCGGAACGCAAUGGCCAAGUCAAGAACGGUCACCGCAAUCUACCAGCUGGCACGGGGAACAGUAUGAUAGCGUCGUACGGCGUGUACGGCGACCCGGAUGUGGACUACCCGGAGCAUCACGUGGUGGUGGUGCGGAGCCAAAAGGAUGGCUCGACCACCAACAGCCUGGUGACAGCGGCGGCUGCCGCGUCGGCUGUGGCGUCUCCCGGCGCCGAGACGACACCUCCUGGUGCGCCAUGCUCCUCCUGGUGUUGGUGCUCCAAGUCGGCCGGUGACGAAACCACGCCCGCCUGGUGUAAGCCGGCCGUGCUGCUUCUGGUACUCGCGUUGCUGCUCGUUCUCUUCCUUCUAGUCUCGGGCAUCCUGCUCUACUUCAAUUAUGUGACGUACAAACCGAGAGCUCCUCUGAUAGAAGAGCCCUGCGAGAAGACGUACUGUUCGCACGGUGCGACGUGCCUGCCGGGCAGUGACGGGAAGGCGCUGUGUCGCUGUCCUGAGACAUGUCCGCAGACAGCCGCGCCCGUAUGCGGCACGGACGGCCGCACCUAUAGCAACCUAUGCGCCCUGCGUCAGCACUCCUGUCUGCACCGCAUCAACAUACGUGUUCAGCAUCCCGGAGAAUGUGAUUCGGUCGACCCGUGCCUCAAGAAGGAAUGCCCGCCGGGCGCUCGUUGCGUCGUCGAUCACUCGUCCGGCGAGCCGACCUGCGUCUGCCCCCAGCGCUGCCCCCAGUACGGCGAUCAUGCCGCCUCCAGGCCACUCUGCGCCAGCGACAAUCGAGACUACCGAGAUCUGUGUCAUAUGCGCAAGGCGGCUUGUACCGAGGGGCGGGAUAUCAGUCUCAAGCUGCAUGGUGCCUGCGAUCCUUGUGAGAAUAUAGAAUGUGUUGAACCGGAAGUGUGUCAACUGGAUGAGGAUAGGAAGCCAGUUUGCAGAUGCGGAGACACUUGUCCGUUGGAGUUCACGCCAGUCUGUGGCUCGGAUGGCAAGACGUACAUAAAUGAGUGUAACCUCCAUCAAGAAGCUUGUCGUACCAGGAGGAAACUCAGGAUAAUCUAUAGAGGCAAAUGCAGUUCAGGUGUGAACCCAUGCAGCAGCGUGGAAUGCAGCCACGGCCAGGAGUGUGUGAUCACCAAGUACGGCAUAGCGCAGUGCGAGUGUCCGGCCGAGUGUGAACCGGUCGUGCGUCCCGUGUGCGGCAGCGAUGGCAAGACGCACGACAGCGAGUGCCACUUGCGACGCGCCGCUUGCAAGGAGAAGACUGUCAUCAAAAUCGCACACACUGGCGCAUGCGGAGCCAGCGGGCCAUGCAGCUCACACACGUGUCACCCAGGAGCGAUCUGCGUGGAGCGAGGAGGUCUGCCAGUUUGUGAAUGUCCAAGGUGUUCUGCAGAAUUCAAUCCGGUCUGCGGCUCCGAUGGAAUACCGUAUGGAAACGAAUGUAAACUUAGACUGGAGGCCUGCCAACACAUGCGUGAUAUUACUGUCCUUUACAAAGGAAAUUGCAAUGGCUGUGAGAACAAGAAAUGCGAAUUCUUUGCGACUUGUGAAAUUGAUUCAAAUGGGGAAGCGCAAUGCAUCUGUCCUUCAAACUGUCCAGAGGGUGGUGGACCAAUCUGUGGCACGGAUGGAGUGACUUACAAGAAUGACUGUGAAUUGAGGAGAGUAGCUUGCCAGCAAAAGCUCAGUAUACAAGCUGCCUAUAAGGGCGACUGUGACCUGUGCCAAGGAGUGACAUGCAAGCUGGGCGCACGCUGUGAGGCGGGCGUGUGCGUGUGUCCGACUGAGUGUCCGCCUGACGGCAGCGAGGAGCCAGUCUGCGCCUCCAACUUCCAGACCUACACGAGCGAGUGCCACAUGCAGCGGCAAGCCUGUCUGCCCCCUGGCCAAGAUCCGCCCAUCACAGUCCUCUUCUAUGGGGACUGCAACGAUCGAUUCGGUCCGGCACAAAUCACGACGCCGCUGCUGCCGGGCUCGCUGGACGGUCUGCCGACGCGACCGACUGAGGUGGCGCGACCAGGCGGCAACCAGCUGGAACAGGAGGCGUGCCGCGACAUUCGCUGCGACUACGACGCCACCUGUGAACUGGGUCCCGACAACUUCCCGCGUUGCUCGUGUCUGUUCGACUGCAGCCACGAGCCGGCUGCUGCCAGCGGUCCCGUCUGCGGCUCCGAUCUGCGCAUGUACGCGUCCAAGUGCGCCAUGAAGAUGGAGGCCUGUCAACGCCAGGAGGAGCUGCGGCUCAGGCCGCUUGACCUCUGUCAAGGCAUGGAAGUGAAACCUUGCAAUGGAGAGCCACCAAUAUUUGACCACAAGACCGGCCAAGAAUUGGACUGCGGCAGUGGACCACAGAGACAAGACUGCCCUUCCGACAGCUAUUGCCAUCAGACUCCUCAUUUUGCUCGGUGUUGUAGAAAAGCUGAUGCUGGCAUAUUCUUGAAAAGCUGUGAAGACUCAUGGUAUGGCUGUUGUCCAGACAGCAAAACUCCAGCGCAGGGUCCAGAUAAUGCUGGUUGUCCGUCAAUGUGUGGAUGCAAUAAAAUAGGAUCGUAUUCAGACACUUGUGAUCCAGAAUCGAAACAAUGUGAAUGUAAGCCAGGUGUUGGAGGAAUCAAGUGCGAUCGUUGUGAGCCAGGCUACUGGGGUCUACCGAAAAUCUCCACUGGUCAUCAGGGUUGUCUACCAUGCGGCUGCUCUCUUUUUGGGUCGGUGAGAGAUGACUGCGAACAGAUGACAGGCCGCUGCGUCUGCAAGCCAGGUGUUCAAGGACAAAAGUGCACAGUUUGCAACAAUCCCAAGCAUGUACUCAGUCCCAGUGGAUGUGUGCCAGCUGACAUGACAACGCCUGUACCAACGUCUUGUACUGACACCACCUGCUAUUUUGGAGCUGUUUGUGAGGAAUCAAAUGGAAAAGCCAAGUGUGUAUGCAGUAUUACCUGCUCGGAGGAUUCCUCUUCUAAAGUUGAGCAGGUGGUUUGUGGCAAUGAUGGCCAGACGUAUGGAUCAGAAUGUCAACUGAAACUUUUCUCCUGUCGAUAUCAGAAGGAUAUUGCCGUACAAGCAUUAGGCUCUUGCAAAGAAAAUAUGAUGGUGGGAACGGAGUGGCCUCAGCACAAGUGGACAUCGGUGAAUCGUUUCACAGAACCGGAGGAUGUCAGUUCGCCAAUGUCAAAGUCCACAAGGCACCUCCUCAUACCAGACCAGCGCUAUUAUUACAGCAAUCAAGUUGAUGAACAUGUAGUGUCACCCAUGCGAUCGAAAGAACUAUACCAUUUAGUGGGACCAAGGCCGACUCCUGCUACCAUCCAGGUGUUCACAGCAUUGCUUGGUGAUUUGUGCUCUUUCGACUCGGACUGUUCAAUCUACAACAGCAUUUGCGUUACUGGAGCAUGUAUUUGUAAAGAAGGCUACGUGGAAUCAACUGACCGCCAAGAAUGUCUUGGAAAAAUGAACGAAAUUGUACCCACUGCUGAGCUGGAUAUCUGUUCUACUGAACCUUGCAAAAAUGGAGGCUCUUGCGAACCAACUUCAGGGAGUUUCCAAUGUAUUUGCACGGCUGGAUACACCGGGGAACUGUGCGAAGACCUUCUCAUUCCUAAAAACUAUGAAGUGCCUGCAUUCAAUGGAAACUCGUACGUGAAGUUGAAGAAACUGAAAGCAUAUCACAAAUUGAGUUUGGAAAUCGAAUUUAAAACAUAUGCAAACAAUGGAAUCCUCUUCUACAAUCAACAACAUGCUGACGGAACUGGAGACUUUGUAUCAUUAGCAAUAGUUGACGGUUUCAUAGAGUUCCGGUACAACCUGGGUAACGGGCCGGUGAUAAUCAAGUCGGAGCAGCGGAUUGAGAUGCGGAAGAUGCACCGAGUGACGGCCAAGCGCUACCAGCGGGACGGGCUGCUGCAAGUGGACAGUGCGGAGCCGGUGGCCGGCCAAUCACAGGGCACCCUUCGCGCCCUCGACCUCCUCCAGGACGCCUUUGUCGGCUACGUGCCUUCUGACACCACCAAGGUGUUCGAGAACUUGGGAACGUCAAUGGGUCUAAUAGGCUGCAUACGAAGAAUGAAGGUGGGGCGGCAUGUAGUGGAACUGCACGAGGGUAGAGAUGCCAUGGUGCUGGAAACUGAAGGCGUGAAAGAGUGUGGAGAAAAUCCGUGCGCCAAUAUGGUCUGCCAGAAUGGAGGCACUUGCAUUCCAACUGGCGAUGAGAGAUACAAGUGCUCAUGCACUGCUGAUUUCAUAGGUGAUAGUUGUGAGCAGAGACUGACGCCGUGUGUUUCCAGUCCUUGCAUGCUUGGAUCAAAGUGUGAGCCUCUAUCAGAAGGAGGUUUCACAUGCAGAUGCCCUCCCGGAGAGCCAUGUCAGCAUUUUGGAAUGGAUAUCGUAGACUUCCCAGUGCCUGAGUUUUCCGGUGUCUCCUACUUGGAACUGCCCAAACUGGAAAACGUCGGCAGGGCGUUCUCGCUAGAAGUGUGGUUCAAAGCAUUCGCACCAGACGGCGUGAUAGUCUACAACGGCCAGCUCAACAACGGUCGAGGAGAUUUCAUUGUUCUCAACCUAGUGGAUGGAUUUCUGCAGUUCAGAUUCGACCUGGGAAGUGGUGUGGCGAAUAUAACGAGCAACGAGGUGGUGGAGCUGGACCAGUGGCACCGGGUGCACGUAAGCCGCACGGACAAGGAGGGCACCCUGCAGCUGAACAACGGCAGCGUGGUGCGAGGCUCAUCCGGCCCGCCGCUCAACGAGCUCAACCUUGAACUGCCGCUCUACAUUGGCGGAGUGCCAGACGUGAACCAAGUGAGCCGCGACGCUGGAAUCGUGACGGGGAUGCUGGGCGCAGUGCAACGCGUGCUGCUGAACGGGCAGCCGUGGGGGCGCCUCGACACGACGGGGGGGCAACAGGUGGCUCGCUACCAGGGCGCCCCCUGUCCCCCCGCCAACAACCCCUGUCUCAACAGCGGCCUCUGUCUGCCCAUCCUCAACUCCUAUAUUUGCAAGUGUCUGCCCAACUUCAGUGGAGAUAAUUGUCAGACCGCUGAUGAUGUGAACGAAGAUGAAGUUGCCAUUAGAUUCAGUGGAAGCAUAUUCCUUCAAUAUCCCCAGAAACUACCACGCAUGCACAAGAGUAUUAACAGUUCUUCAGAGAACUUUACUAACUCUGUGGUGGAGGAUUACUGGGAGUCAGAAGAGCAUGCUGAGUAUAAGGACGAGGAAGAAGAAACAGCUGUGGAGUUGGACUCUGAAAUGGAUCCGGAAGGCGGCGAAGGGGACAUGUAUGAUGAAGAUGACUUUGAGUUUUUCGACGAACGAAAGGGAAAGCGAAAUAAUCGUUAUGAGUUGUCCAUCAAAACUUCUGACCUGAACGGCCUGCUGUUGUGGACAAAUCGAGGCAAGACUCUUCAUGCAGAUUACUUUGCCGUGGCCGUUGUUGAUGGCUUCCCUGAAUUGAGCUACAACUUGGGGAAUCAACAUAAGCUGCUAACUCUCAGAGCUCCUGUUCUAGUGAAUGAUGGCGAGUGGCACCGGAUAACCGUUCACCGGCGGAAAAGGCAGGCGCAACUGCAGGUCGACAACCACCUACCCGUCAGGACUCAAUCACAACCCCCAGCCAUCCUUCUCACAACUAAUUCACGACUAUUCAUUGGAGGUGCUCCUAUCUUACCAGCUGGCCUGCCAACAGCUUAUUACAUGAAAUACACUGGUUGUAUGCAGAGACUGAUCGUCAACAAGAAACCCGUCAAUUUCUUGGCACUGAAUGCAUCUUUAGCUAUUGAUUUCUGCCAUAGUGUAUGAUGAAAUUGAUAGGAUAAGAGACAUUGAGAGCAGAUGGACUUGAUAAUGUGUAUAGAUAAAUUCUUCGUGAAAAUACUACUGUGCUGGAGCUAAACAGUGUCUAAAUGUAAAUUAUUUGUGAUAUAAUUUCAAGCAGACUGUUAUUAUUGUUACCAUUCAGCGUUUUAUAUGGUGAAAUGCAGUAUUAAUAUAAAGUGAUCGUGGAUGGACAGUUAGUAAUGUAGCUAUAAUACCGUUUAAUUAUGAUUGUACAGGCUGAUGUACAUUGGAUUAAAGAUAAUGUUGUGUAUAAAUAAUACAAGUUUGUAAAAUAGAGAAUGUGAUUUCGUA